AACAGCGAGGAACCACCGCCAAUUCUUCGGAUAGCCAGGAGCUCUGGCAGAAUAAGGAUACUUUGAAGAAACGGCGGGAUUCCGAUGGAGUUGAACGUAUGUUGCUUGAACUGUGGGUGUGAACUAAGAUGGGUCUGUGUGAUAGGGCAGUGCCAUCGGCCACAAAAUGGUGAUGAUGAGGUAAUACUAUGGAGAGCGAAUGAUGUCAAUCAGAUUCUGCGGAAUAGACGGGAUGAUUCUCACAAUCCAGGGGAUGAUAAUGACGAUAAUGCUGAUGAUGCUGCUGAUGAUGCUGAUGAUGAUGAUGAUGUUAAUCAUGACGAGGAAGAUAACGGUGAUAUGGGUCGUUGGAAUCAGAAGACUGGAGAUGGCGAAAAUGAUGGUGAAAAUCUGAAGUCUGGGUACGGCGAUAAUGAUGGUGAUAAUGAAUCGUUGGCAUCAUUGGAAUCAACUCAAAAUGGCAAUGAUGAUGAUGAUGAUGAUGAUGAUGAUGAUGAUGAUGAUGAUGAUGGGGAUAACGGUGGUAUGAAUAGUUGGACUCUGAAGAUUGGGGAUCAUGGCGAUAAUGAGGGUGAUAAUGAAUCUUUGACAGCGUUGGAAUCACCUCAAAAUGGUGAUCGUGAUGAUGAUGAGGAGGAGGAGGAGGAUGGGGAUAAUGACAAUAUGAGUCGUUGGAAUCAGAACACUGGGGAUAAAGAAAAGGACGACCAUAACGCAGAACUGGGCGGUACAGUCCAUUGGGACAAGAAGGGAAGUGAAGACAGGAGAGGGGGGUUCAAAGGUUCUGGCUACAUGAAAUGUAGUGAGCGCGAGGGCAAAGACAACAGUGUGGAAAAAGCUCGUAGCCGGCGGGGGAGGAGACGGGAUUGGAGAAUUCCUUGGAGGCGGAGGAGGAAGGCGUGGGGAGCGGUGAACGGAAGGGGACGGAGAAGAAGAAGGUGGACAAGCGGAAGAGAACAGCGUGCGAAGGGAGAUGGAGAAGACGAAGGUGGAGGACCACGCAGGGGAGCAGGAGUGCGAGAGGGGAGGGGAUUGGAGGAGGAGGAGGAGGAGGAAGCGGAGAAGAAGAACGGGCUGAAUGGGGAAAGGAAGCGGAGAAGCACGCUGGACUCACCGGCGCUUCAACGGGCUUUCUCCAUUCAGGAUCGCUUACAGGGAAGGUGGGGAAGGGAGAAGAAGAGCAGAGGAGGAAAGAAGGCAGGAGGGGGAGACGCACGACGACGAUGGGCCGUAGAUCGGAAAUCCAGGGAAAAACUCACUUCGUCGAGGUACUGUCUCUCCAGAUUUCACUAGCAGGGUCUCCAAUGCCCUCCAUGUUCGCUUGGGACAUCUGGACAACAGGAUUUGCAUGGGGUUCCCAGCGCUGCCGCGAGCAGCGCUGAAACGC